AUGCAACAAACAUCUCUUCGCCUUAUAUUUUUGUGUAGUCUAUUGAUAUUUAUUCAACAGUGCAAUAAAACUGAUGCUCAGAUAUUUCGCAAUUUAUCGGUUUCUAUUAAAAAACGACUGGAUGACUUAAUCUCAUCAUUAACAAUAGAGGAGCUUGUUGAGCAAAUGGCAAAUGGUGGCGCAGGUCCAACAUACGGUCCUGCACCGGCUAUACCUAGAUUGAAGAUCAAACCCUAUCAAUGGCGUACAAAUCCAAAUCAAGGUCUUUGUACUUCAUUUGUAAGUCACAUUAAUCAAGCUGCCUCGUUUGAUAUACUGGAUGUCUGGAAAAUCGCUUUCGCAAACGGCUUAGAAAUGCGAGCUAAAUGGAAUCAGUUUAGUAAACAAAAUAAUUACCGUGAUAAUACGGGAAUAAAUGUGUUUGCACCGACUGUCAAUCUUCUUCGGCAUCCUCUUUGGGGAAGGAAUAAGGAGACUUAUGGGGAAGAUCCAUAUUUGGCGGCUGAAUUAGCUAGAGCAUAUGUACAUGGGAUUAGUGGUUGGAAUGUGCCACACGAUGGUUCAAUCAAGGUAAACUUACUAACAAUAAAUCCAAUCAGACAACAUGUUGUAUUGGUUGGUGCAAACUGUAAACACUAUGCUGCGCAUUCCGGACCAGAAAACGAUCCUGUUUCAAGGUUAUCUUUUGAAGCUGGUGUCCCGGAACACGAUUUGUGGAUGACCUAUUUUCCUGCUUUUCGUGCAUGUAUGGAAGCUGGAGCUGUUGGAGUUAUGUGUGCAUAUAGCGGAGUGAAUGGCACACCAGCUUGUGUAAAUCACUGGCUAUUAGAUACUGUACUUCGAAAGCAGUGGAAAUAUCCAGGUUUUGUAAUUAGUGAUGAAGGUGCCUUGCAAUUUUUGAUAUCGAAACAUCAUGUUUAUUCGUCUUUACAAGAAGCUGCUUUAGCUGCAGUUAAAGCUGGUGUAAAUAUAGAAAAUGCAUUACCUAAUAAUGUUAACGUUUAUUCUGAAUUAUUAAACCUUACAAAAUCUGGUAAUGUGACUGAAGAUGAAUUACGAAAUCUAGUUCGUCCUUUGUUCCUUGCUAGAAUUCUAGAAGGUGAAUUAAAUUCGCCAGAAAUGGAUCCAUAUGCUCAUUUAUUGCCCAGUACAGUUGUCAAGAGCGAAAAGCAUAAAUAUUUAUCGUUGGUUACUGCAGCCAAAACAAUGGUACUUUUGAAAAACUCUGAAGAAUUCCUUCCACUUAAAAUGAAACCGGAUACAAAUGAACGGCCGUUAAAACAUGUUGCCUUACUUGGACCAUUUUCAAGAAAUAUCAGUGAAUUGGUUGGAAGUUACACUAAACACAUUGAUCCGGCUGAUACAGUUCCACUGGAUAAAACUCUUGAAAAAAUAAGUGAAAACGUUACUGCUUCAGAUAUUUGCAUUGAUGGUGGGAAGUGUACAAUGUACGACGAUUUAGCUAUCCAAGAAAUACUUUCCCAACCAGAUAUUGACCUUGUUAUCAUAACCAUUGGCACGGGACGAAAUGUUGAAGACGAAGCACAUGAUAGACAUAAUCUGAAUCUACCUGGACAUCAGAAUGAAUUUUUAUUAAGUACACUAGAUAUGGCAGCCGGUCGGGGGGUAAUUAGGCGCAAGCCUGUCCCAGUAGUUUUAUUAGUCUUUUCUUCUGGACCAAUUGAUAUUGAGCCAGCAGUGGAAGAUGAAAAUGUUAAAUCCAUAUUUUGGUGUGGUUAUAUGAAUGACAUACUCGGUGAAGUAAUAGUUCGUGUACUGAUGGGAAAUCCUGGUAAACCUUUUGGGCCGUACGCACCGUUGUUACGAUUGGAUCCUGAAUUAUCCGAAAUCGGUAUGUGGGGUAUGGAUAUAGAUGAAGGUUACUGGUGGGUACCAGCGGCUAGAUUACCAUUUACAUGGUACGCAUCAAUUGACGAGUUAGCCAAUAUAACUGUAUAUAAAAUGACAAAUCAGACCUAUCGUUACUUGCCAAAAUCUUGUACCAAGCAACAAAAUGCAUGUAAAAUACCAAUUUUGUAUCCAUUUGGCUAUGGAUUAUCAUACAACAUGCUAUCCCCUUCUCUUAGUGGUAUUGAAUAUUUAGAACUGGAGUUGCCACUGUCUCCGGUUAAACCAAAUCAACCAAUAACUGUUUAUACAACUGUAGCUAACGUAGGAGAUAUUGCAUGUGAGGAAGUAGUACAACUGUAUAUACAAUGGUUAAAAUGUGGGCAAACUGAUAUAACUAAUGAAGAUCAGUGGGAAUGCACUGCACCUAAUAUUCAAUUGGCAGGCUUUAAACGUAUUCGACUAGAUGUUGGCGAAAAAAAGGAUCUUCAUUUUCAAAUAUCCCCAGACCAGUUAAGUGUAUGGUCUAAUCAACAUAAAUCCAUGGUUCCUGGUCAAGGCACUCUCCGUAUAACAGUUGGAGGACAACAACCUGAUCAACCAGUUACGGUUGGAUCAAACUAUUUGAUUGGUAUAGUUAAAAUAGAUCACAUAUAG